CCCAAAGCCGGAAGCGGCCGCUGGAACAGCUACGUGAAGUCAGGGCGCGGCGGUGGCGGCGGCACGAUGGGCUGUUUCUUCUCUAAGCGGCGGAAGCCGGGCAAGGCGCCAUUGCCCGCGGGGGUGGGGAGCGAGGACACGCAGCCGCGGUACAGCUGGGACCAGCGCCCCCAGGUUGAUCCGAAAGACUAUACGUUUUCUGGACUUAAAGAUGAAACUGUGGGCCGCUUACCUGGAAAAGUUGCAGGACAACAAUUUGUCCUUCAAGAGUGUGAGAACUGUAACAUCUACAUCUUUGAUCAUUCUGCUACCAUCACUAUUGAUGACUGUACAAACUGCCGAAUCUUUUUAGGACCCAUAAAAGGCAGUGUGUUUUUCCGUGACUGCAAAGACUGCAAGUGCAUAGUGGCCUGCCAACAGUUUCGCACCCGGGACUGCAGAAAGUUGGAGGUGUUCUUGUGCUGUGCUACCCAACCCAUUAUUGAGUCUUCCACAGGCAUGAAAUUUGGCUGUUUCCAGUUCUACUAUCCGGAGCUGGCUUUACAGUUCAAAGAUGCAGGCCUUAGUAUCUUCAAUAACACGUGGAGCAACAUCCAUGACUUCACACCUGUGUCAGGAGAAAACAAUUGGAGUCUUCUGCCUGAAGAUGCUGCAGUUCAGGAUUUUGUCCCUCUGCCAACUUCUGAAGAAUUGAAAGGAGUCAGAAUUUCUACAGAUGCCACAAGGAGCAUCAUUCCAAUAACUAGGGGACAAAGGCAGAAGAGCAGUGAUGAAUCAUGUUUGGCAGUAUUGUUUGCUGGUGACUACACAACAGCAAAUGCCAGAAAGUUAAUUGAUGAAAUGACUGGAAAAGGCUUUGUAUUGGUUCAGACUAAGGAAGUUUCAAUGAAAGCUGAGGAUGCUCAAAGAGUUUUUCAGCAGCGUGUAUCUGAAUUUAUCCCAUUGCUUGAAAAAGGCCCUGUGGUUGCUUUGGAGUUUAAUGGGGAUGGUGCUGUAGAAAGAUGUCGAAGCAUUGUAAAUGAAGUUUUCAGUGGAACCAAGAUUUUUGUAUCAGAGGACAAGACAUCAGCUUCUCGAGAUGUAGACAACUUCUACAACUUUGCUGACAUGCAGAUGGGAAUGUGAAGUAUAAUAUCCAACCUGUCUCCCUACUUGGAUGUCAUUUAACUAUAACACUGCAUCACUAGUAAUGUUUUCCUAAUCUGAUGAUUUUUUUUUUGUAUAGCAUGUUUUUAUACAAGAAUUGGUAAAUUUCAAUACUGUAACAUGAAUUACAG